GACACCAUCUUCGGAGACCUGGGCCCCGUGGGCGGCGUCGACUUCGACACACUGGCGUCACUGCUGCGCGGUGGCGAUGGAGCGACGAAGACGAAGAAAACGCCACUGAAGAAGAACGAAGGUAUCAAGGUCCUAGAUGCAUCCCGUGCGCAGAACAUGGCCAUCGUGCUCAGCAAAUUGCCCAUCUCCUCCCAAGAGCUUUGCGAUGCCCUGCUGCACCUGGACUUCUCUGCCAUGGCGGUCUCAGAGGAUAUGGUGGAACUAUUGACGGGCGUUCUGCCCACCAACGAGGAGUGUGACAAGUUGAAGAUGUAUCAAGAUUCUCCUGAAGAACUUCGGGACAUUGAACAGAAGGUCCUCCCCUUCUGUUUUUUGCCCCGGAGCCAUGCGCGUCUCCGGCUGUUGCGCCUGGCAUCGAGCCACAGCGAGCUCUGCGCCCAGCUGCGGACGCGCUGUGAGAACCUGCGAGGUGCCGCACAGGAGGCGAUGACCAGC